AUGGUUUCCCUCUGGUCUGGGAAGACCCCGUCAGACACGCCAACAACCAAAGACGUCCCGGAUGUUGCAGACACUGGCCUUGCAGAUAUCGGUUUGCCAGCUCCUCCCCAAACUACACCGCUUCCUGUAGGACGCCCUCAGCUCCAGCGGAACCAACCUGCGCCGCCGCCGCCGCACCAACCUCCGCCACCUCCAUCUCCGAAUGCAAACGACUCUCUCUCAUUGAUGCAGCUGCGGCGCAUUGUGUCCGAGUUCCCCAAGGCUGAUCCCAACCCUUAUGCAUUCACAUACACCGAUACGGCGAGUUUCGAGGAAGAGGUAGACGAGUGGUUCUCGUACAACGAUGCGGAAUACACCCGACUGCAAAAAGCGAGGGAUACGUUUGAGAGGAGGUGGAAUAAGGUAUCGGCUACGCCGUGGUCGGGGUCUGGAGACCGCUUAAAGUUCGUUGAGCGUGAAGUAAAUGGUCUACAUGCGACUGAUCUGCGGAGGCGCUGCAAGAGCCUGCAGACAAUCCUACACAUCAUCCUGGGAGUCUGGGACGAGAGCGCUGGUAUCAAGUCAGAUGAGGCUACGAAUACCAAGACGAAAGCCACCCCCAAACAUCUGGAACAGAUGAAGAAUGGACUAUCUCUAGUCGCAGAAGCUGGCGGCAUCUCGUCGAGCUUUCAAGUCUUGCAGAACGCAUUCAAUAUGCUCUGGGACGAUGAAUUCCGGGAGACGAAGGUGUUCGGAGAGGAUAUAGACUAUGUUCAGGACGAGAUCGAUAAUGUGACCACGGUCAUGUACUUGAUCAUAGAAGGAAUUCGCAAUGAUCCAAUUGGCUUAGCAUCUGCUCGAGAGAAGCUUUGUGUGUUGAUGUACCCAGCUGCCAAGACCAUACUGACUCGCAUAGUGGAAUUAAACGUGAUUUUUCUUCUGUUCUGGAAGUCGUUGUUAGUUGUUUUUGGUGGCACAUCCGAGAUUGAGCAUGUCAAAGACGCUACCAGCGAGCUGAGACAUGUCAAUGGCGACGGUGGCAAGCUCAUCACUGCAUCACCCUUAGAUUACCAUAUUUUCCGUCAGGAAAUCACCUCCAAAUACCCCGCUUAUACUCCGCCUCCACCUCUUCUACCUCUUGAGCCCGAUAAUAACUCUAUCCUUCCGCCACUUCCAAACAGACCCAGCAGAGCGAAUGGAUCUAACGGAAUCAUACCUCCACCGAUGAAUGUAAACAGUAGUGGAGCCUCGAUCCUUCAUCAACCUGUACAUAUAGCCACUCCCGCACCAUCGCCCCCUCCAUCCCCUCCUGUCGGAGGCAAGGCCGGUAAGAAGCAGAAUUACCAGACCAACCAGAACUUUCCGUUCAUGUACCCACCCUUGGACAGCACUAGUAGUACCGCUGGAGGAUCGGGUGCGGCUGGCUUGCAAGGACAGCUCGUUGGGCGAAAAUGGGAGGGAAGCGAUAUACCCAAGUCGAUUCUUGAAGCUGGAGACCUGUUCGCAAAACGGAUGCGUAUGACAAGGGCCAUGCGACAGCUGUGGGACGAGCGAGAGAGAUACCUGAAGUUUGAGCGAGGCUGGGACGCGAAUGAUGAUGACAUUGAAGAGCUUGAUCUGGAUACCAUCCUGUCCCAGAAGCUUUCACUUCAAAAAACCAAACCCAUCAAGCCUGAAGUCGAUUACGGCCCUAACUGCGAUGUUGGCGAGGAUGCAAAGAAGAAACUUGAUAUGGUGGAGCAGUUAUAUCAAGAUUCGUUGCCCUAUCUGCAGUCAUUAGUGAUAGUGACGCUAAAGGCUGUCCUGUGGAAUGUGACAGCACUCAUAAGCCAACCUGCGGGACAGCAGCAAGGUCAAGCACCUUCAUUCCGAGCCGACGGAGACCAGCGUGGCAACGGACCGCAAGGGCCGAACCGGCAGCAAGAUCCAGCAAGUAUUCCACUCCCAAACACCGUCGAUGUUUCCGAGCUGCCGAUUGAAGAGGUCGAGGCGAUGCGAUCAGGAGAAAUUACAGCAAAAGCUGUGUCUGGAAUCCUGCUCAUUUUGUUGAAAUGGUUCAAGGUUUCACAUAUCUUGAAAUUUGAGUAUCUCACUCAGCUUUUACUGGACUCGAAUUAUCUCCCCUUGGUGCUUAAGCUCUUCGCUCACCAGGACAUCGAGAAGGUAGUUGACAUCAGAACAGAUCGCGAUGAGAUGAGCUUUUUCGCUUUCUGCAACGCCCACAGCAAAAAUGCCCCUGUCGAGUCCGAUCUCAUGGGCCUCGAAGCCUCUGAAGGAAGCGAAGACGAUGCCGUACCCCCUGAUAUCAAGCUUAGCCGCGAGCACACCGCGGGUGCCGAGGAUAAACUUCCUGCUCUUGCAUUCCAAGAAGGUCAGCACGCCGCCAAACGCGAGCCGCUCGAGAAUUGCGAGCUGGGUUACCCACCAACCGAGCCACCAUACUCUCAAGAACCCAUCACCGACUUCUCGUGGCGCAACUUUUACUCGUCAAUCAACUUCCUACGCAUCAUGCAGAAAAUCUGCAAGGAUAAGACGCACCGUAAUUUACUGCUCGUGCAGUACAAGUCAUCGAACAUUAUGAAGAAAUUGCUCAAGGUCCCGCAGCCCGAACUCAGACUGUACACCCUGAAACUUUUCAAGAACCAAGUCCCGUACUGUGGGCGAAGAUGGAGACAAGGUAACAUGCGCGUAAUCACCGCCGUAUACCUUCACUGCCGCCCGGAACUGCGAGAUGAUUGGCUGGCUGGUAGUGAUGUCGAUGCGGAGGUUGAAGAGGCGCUGCCGCUGGAGCAGGCACUACGUGCGCUGACACAUUGGCAUAAUAUCAAGAGGUACCCGGGGCAGAUGGGCGCGGACACCAAGCUGCUCGAGGAGGAACACGAUUUCUUCGUAAGGGAGCUCGAGAGGAUGGAGUUUAUCGAGGAAUGUUACGAAGGGGAGGGUGUGGCGGAUAAUGCCUAUGACGGACCCUCUGGACGCCAGCAACUUGGGCUGGAGUACGGGGUGCCAUUGCCGAGGACAUCGGGGAUACCGAAAGAGGAAGGCACGUUAUGGUCGCGGGUGGAUGGAUUCUCAUCAGCCGCUCGCGCGCAUCUAGCGCCCGCCGGCCCAUCGCUGACUCUUUCUUUACUCGUGCUCUCCCGGACCCCAGAAUAUCAGAACAUCAGAACAUCAGAACAUCUUUGGCAAGAAUACUUAGUGGCAAACAUCAACACUUCUAGCAUGUCAGAACCAGCGGAAGAGCGGAGUCGGCUUACGCCCGAAAAGAUGAAGUUGGACGAGCUUCGACGCCAGAGACUCGAAGCGAGCAUCCUCUUAUCCAAGCUCGAUAUGGAGAUUUACAACCUCGAGCACGCCGACAAGAACCUCGAGACGUUUCAGUCGGAGCUCCCCGACUGCGACCAGUCACUCUUUCCUCAACCCCUGAUCAAGCUGAACUCGUUUACUUAUUUCUCGCAACUUAUCCCUGAGCUCCGGCAGAUGGUCUGGGAGGAAGCCAUGCCCGGCCGCCGAAUCAUUGAUUACAGGCCCCGGCCAAAACAUAAGCGUGCGAAGAAGUGGUAUCGUCGGAGACAUGACUUGAAUAUACCCAUCAUAUUCCAUAUCAACUCGGAGAGUAGAGAUGUGGCUAAAAGGCACUACGUCAAUCGUAGAACAGUGGAACCUUGGAAAGCGGAUCGAACGGAGAUCUUUAUGAAUCCCACCGUAGACCAAAUUUGCAUCGGCCAUAUGCAGCUGUUCUACGGCAAACCCGCCCCCCACCAAGCUCCCAGAUUCCAAGCCUCGCCUUUGACCGACGCCAUCUCGUCUCUCGAAGUACGAGAUAUCGGUCGGAGGGAGGUCAGUUGGAGUCUGUUCUUAAACACCACUAUGCUGGCCGCCAAUCCCACCCUCCGUGCCUUCCGCGGACUCAGACACCUGCACCUUAUCGCGAGCAAAGGUUUCGACUUCAGCGAUGAACGUCUCCAAACGCAGGAUUUCGUCAGACUCGUCCUGGUGCUCGUCAAUCGCUCCGCUGCCGCACGAAAGUCGCCUGUGGACCCCGAGAUCAUCCUCCACGACUGGCGCCCUUGCAAGCCACGCUCUGACCACGACCAUCUCCACGAGGCCGCGAUUCCGUACCCGUGGAACGGCCGGCUACCCAAGGCUCUGGAAAACGCUGGUGGAGAGCCCAUCCACAGCACAGCUUCGGGCUGGCGGAAGGAAAGUGUCAUGGGAGAGGGCUCUAAGGCAAGCAUCACGUUGAAGAGUAUAUCUGCAUAUGCCACGUCUGCUAUCGCAGAUCCUAAGAAUUUGGCUAUCUCGGUUGCUUCUUUUGUCCGAUCGACUGUUUCGUCUAUCUACACUUUCCUCAACUCUACGUCUUCCGCGAGCUCAACGGCUUACCCAACGGCAUCCUCAUCAUCCAGCUCCCUCUUCUUAACGCAACCGCAAACUCUACCAAGGUCAGACCAACGGCCUACUCGCUAUCCAGCUCUUUCGGCUGCUCAACCACAACGUCAAUUAGGUCAGUAUCUAUCUACCCUUAUACAUCUCGACGCCUUGGACUCGGCAUCACGUUCUGGCAGCCGCCCUUCUAUUCCAUUCCCACUCACUGCUCGUCUGAAAGAGUGUGAGGCAGCGGAGAAGAACAUGAAUGAAGCAUGA